GAUUAUGAUUAUUAUGAAAUCAAAGCAAUUCGUUUUGAUAUCCCUUUGAGUUCAAUCUCUGGGGCAGGUUUGCACAGGGCAUGUUUCUCCCCCCCCUUUUUUUUUCCUGUUAGGGAAAGGCUCAAGCUUGGCCUUGUUUCUCCAAGGGCACACAACACCUUGUGUCAAGUUGCCAUGGCUUCGUGCAAACAAAUGGCAGGAGCACAGCUUUUGUUUCCUCCUACACCUGAUCACUUUCUUCCUUUGGGACUUGUUUUCUGGGCUCUGAGUAGAUUCUCCAAAGUUUGAUCCCAUUCAAGAAUGAGUUUCAUCCCUUGGUCUUCAGUCUGAGCACGCUCCUCAGAAGGAAUGAGUGAUGAGUAGCAUUGCACCCAUGAAGAAGUGAGUAGAAGAUCUGAUCUUUGGAAGACUGUUAUGGGCUGAUUUGGGCAGGGCCAAGGUCUGUAUGAAUCCUUUUCCAUGGAGGGUCUGUUCCAAUUGCUCAGAGGUUAAGGGUUAUAAAGCUCUUCACUGAUGGCACCAUCUCCGUUGACUCAACACAAUCUCCUCUUUGGAAUGAAGACACCAUGCUACUAAUCUGGCGGGUGAAAUCCUUGAUUAUUAGUUUGGACCAUCCAUACUUCUUUGGAGAUCUUCUCUGGGAUACUCCUGGCCAUGGCUGGAAAAGCAGGGGAGCCCCGUGUCCCAGCCACCUUGCAGAAAUCCCGCCUGAAGACCGAGGAGAAGAUUCUGGAUCUUGACUUCCAGCUGGAGAGCGUGCAAUUUAACGAACUAGGGAGGUACGCCCUGCGGUUGACCGCAGAAAAUCCUCUGGUGGAGGGGUCUGAAGCUGGAGUGCAGCUGCGGGUGAAUGAAGGAGAAGUGCUUCAUACAAACACGGCCACCACCAAUGUGGUGGAGCAGGCCAACCUCAGCGAAGUCUACAUGUUUGAGAAGCGGAGGUUUCUCUUCAUCCUGCCCAAAGGUUUCUGCAAAAACGAUAAAAACCAUGAUGCUCGGCUGCGGAUUGAAGCUUUACGCCAGCGUGGGUCCUUCCUGAAGACCAACGUGAAGACAGGAGAAGCUUUCUUCGCAAUUUACCCCCGCACUAACCAACCUAGAAUAAACCUCUUUGCUAGCAAGGAGGAAGAUUUAUACCGUUAUAGUGAUAUUAUGGUGCUUCUCCGGGCUGGUGGCAAUGACUUGGCCAUGCAUUGUGGGAGGUUGGCUUACACGGUAUCGUUCCACGAGCACCGACCCGGAGCCAAGAGAGAAAUACCCAUCACGCCACGCCAUCUUUCUCCUUUGGUCCCCCGCAAGGAAGAUAAGAUGCAGGUGGAGGUGGGAAGCUCUUACCUGGCACCCUUACAGCUGUUGGAGGUCCAGCCAGAGAGGACCCCAGGCAGUGCACUUAAACGACCAUCUCAGCCGUCACCGACUGCAGAAUCCCAUAUUCGUGGGCGCUCGCCGUACGGCCCGCCGGAGUCCCAAAAAGAAGUCCCUGAUGAAGACAUCCAAGACUUUUUAGAAGAAGAACAAUCCAUUUUAGUGGCUUCUUCUUCUUCCUCCUCCUCCUCCUCUUCUCUUGCACCAGCUUUGCCAAGGAGGUUGCCAAGCGAUGCCAGUCUCCACCUGCCGUCUCCAGGAGAUAGCCCAAAGCUGGCCUCUUUCUUCGGAUUGCUGGUGAAAGAAGAUCCAGCUGGACCAGGACAAGCCGCGUUGACGUCCCACACAAAUGAGUGGCACCUGGCCAAUCCCGAAAAGGAAUCCAUCACCUUCGUGCUCCACAGUGCCUCCAACCUGCCCUCAACUCGCAAGGGAAAUGUCCCCCACCCGUAUGUCAUUGUCAAAACCACUUCAGAAGAAGACAGCAAACAGCCGGCUCAGGCAGUGACCCAUGUGCCUGCACAACCCACAUACGCUCCAACCUGGGAGGAAAGAGUGACCGUGGAAAUUGACUCCAUCAAGGCAGGAGAAGAAGAUGUGUCUCUCAUUGUAGCUGACAAGGACUCCAAAGAAAUUCUUGCGAAAUACAACAUCCCUGUGAAAUACCUCCGUCCUUUCCAUCAUUAUCACUGUGCCUUGGUGCUGCCUCGGAAGAAGGACCAAACAGGAACCAAGUUAUACGUCUCCAUCAUUCGUAAACGUAGCCUCAUCCCACGCUAUGCUGGAGUGAACUACACAGGGCUGGAGGUUUUCCUCAAGGGGAUCAAUGAACCUCUUGCGCAGCCUGAUGGCAAAGUCAAAGCCGUUGCUAGAAUAGUGAAUAACCUUGGAGCCUACAUACAGGAGAUGCACGCUCGGUUGCCUGAUGCCCCUCCAGUUCCCUUGACCGUGGUGAACUUCCCAGAUCCUGUAAUGGAGGAUUUUGAUGUCCCUCGGGUGAACAACCAUGGAUAUCCACAGGUGUCUUCGCUCGGUGGCCCUCCUGAACAACCCAUGUGGAAUACUUCCUUCCUGUUUCAAGGAAGGGAUGGUGCUACCGCUUUUUCGGAUGAUACGGCCUUGCUAAUUGAAUACUACAAAUCAACACCAGGAGACGAUCUGGAAGGCACAUCAACGUUUUUAGGCUACUCCGUGUUGCCACUGACCAACCGAGUUUACCGAAAGCUUGCGGCAGACAGUAGCCGAAGUGGAAUUAGGGUAGAAAAUCUACCCAUUCAGGAUACCACUAUGAAAACCACGUCUGGUGGACUCCCAACUGUCCAACUUGGUCUUCAGUUGAUCAAUUCAGAGGUAAGGAAAAAGCAAUUCGCAAUGACUUAGUAGCUUCCUACCAGA